UAUGAAGUGGGGCCUGAGAGACAGUGACCCCAUUAAAUGUGUUACUUACAGUACGCCACAUCUGUCUGAUUCUCAUCUGAUUCGUUAGUAGGGAAAAGAACAUUUUUUUUUAGUAUGACUACUAAACCUAGUUUGGAUUUUCACACCAGUGCUGUGAGAGGUCAGUGAUUCGUGACUCAGGUUUUGACAGGAAGGAGUGAAAUAUGAUUCAUCACAUUUCUAUAAAGGACCUGAGUGACACUGAGCUGGUGUAGGUGACACCGAACUCCUCCCUUUUGCUCCUGCGCCGUGCAGAGGCUAUUUUUGGCUUUUCUGUGACAGUCAGAGCGGCUCUCACUGACAGCUGACCGCAGGGGCCAAAUCAAAACAAGACCGCACCUCCACCGACCUGUUACAGCAUCGAGACCAUCACAACACCCCGCCACCCGGACACAUAAAAGACUCCCACAUCCAAGGAGAAGGAGGUUACAAACCAAUAAUUCUCCAUCAGCUUCUGAAUUUGAGUGAGUUUAAGCGAUAUGACCUCAAAUGAGGAGGACAAAGACCCUGAUAUCGAGCUUUUCGUGAAGGCUGGCAGUGAUGGAGAAAGUAUUGGGAACUGUCCUUUUUCUCAAAGGCUUUUUAUGAUCCUGUGGCUGAAGGGAGUCGUGUUCAACGUCACCACUGUCGACCUGAAAAGGAAACCAGCAGAUCUUCAUAAUCUUGCUCCCGGGACUCCUCCACCAUUCCUUACCUUCAAUGGCGAAGUGCGAACAGACGUCAACAAGAUCGAAGAAUUCUUGGAAGAGAUGCUAGCGCCUCCCAAGUAUCCAAAACUGGCUGCGAAGAACAAGGAGUCAAACACGGCGGGAAAUGACAUCUUUGCAAAGUUCUCAGCCUACAUCAAGAACACAAAUCCAGGAGCCAAUGCAAGUCUGGAGAAGGGGCUACUGAAAGCUCUGAAGAAACUGGACAACUUCCUGAACUCCCCUCUGCCGGACGAGAUUGAUGUCGAUAGUACGGGGGAAGAGAAGUGCUCCAACCGCAAGUACUUGGACGGCAAUGAAUUAACGCUCGCAGACUGCAACCUCCUCCCCAAACUGCAUGUAGUGAAGGUGAUGUACCGCUGGGAGAUCUGCUGUAACUGAUCAUUUAGUGCAAGAUAAAAUAGUGGUGAAUGCUGAAAAAGUUCCUAAAACAUUGCUUUUUCAUUGCUGAAAUGUUCCUUUUAUUGCAUUGAAUGUUUCUCAGGGUGGGUUUACCUUUUAAAGUCAAUUUCUGCACAGAUACACACUUUAAGUCUUUCGAAC